AACACUACAUUUUUAAAAUUUGAUUUAAAAUGCUCACAGUCAGAAGCAUUCCUCUAAUCUGUAUCGUUCUAUUCCGUGUCAAAGUUGUGUUUGGAUCAGUGCAGAAUAGUGAAAGGGUGGAUUCUAUUCCGACAAAAAUUAGUUGUCAAGAAGAAGAUAACUCACUUAUUGCGAAGGUUAAGACGUACCUAGAGCGGAGCGAUGUUGGAGAAGCUUUCUACAUUUUUUAUCCCUAUCUGUGGACAAACCCGGAAACUUUGUUACACAAUUUGGCCAGUAUUCCAUGCCUGGCUAAAUCAGAGGAAGCCAAGCUCUUAGAAAUUUAUUGCAAUAAUCGAGCCCUUGUUCGUGUUCAGUAUGACGCAUUUCCUCCAAAUUUGGGAAUACCGGCGAAAUUCCAAAGGUGCGGAAGUUUAUGGGAAUUAGCGACACUCUAGUGUUACAGGAAG